UCCAACUUGGCCGUUCUGGUAACACUGUUGUUUUGUUUUGCUUUUGGGAUCAUAAAUAAUAUUUGCAUUAAUUCAGUGAAAUUCAGUGAAAAGAUGAGUAGUUUAAAGUCUGACUUAGACGAAUACCUGCUGCUGCAGAGCGACCAGAAGAAGAGCUUUAAUGUCAAGCUGCCACAACUGAAAGUGCCCAGUUUGGGAUUCUUUUCCAAGGGCGCAGAACCGGAGGUUCAAAAUAGCUGGCUGAAGGACACCCAGGAUUCCUGUUGCCCCAAAUUGUCUCGCCUGCAGCGAAUCGUGGGCUUUGUGGCCUGCCUGGGCAUGGGCGGGCUGUGCAUGACCCUUUCCACAUUCUACAUUCCCGUUCUGAUCCUGAAAGCAAGAAAGUUCGCCCUGCUGUACACCCUGGGCAGCUUGUUCUUCAUCCUCAGCUUCUGCUUCCUCUCCGGCUUUGGCGCCUUUCUCCGACAGAUGUUCUCCAAGCAGCGUCUAUUGACCUCGCUCUCCUACAGCUUCUGUUUGCUGCUGACGCUGUACUGCGCUUUGGUGGCCAAGAGCACGGCCUUCACGGUCCUAUUUGCAGUGGCCCAGAUAAUAGCUCUGCUCUUUAUGAUCCUGGGCAUGGUGCCCGGCGGGGCAACGGGUCUCAAGUUCUUUGGUCAGCUCUUCAAGACGAGUGUUUCGGCCUCGACAAGUGCUUUGCCCGUCUGAAAAGGAAAUAAAAAACAUAAAACAAAGCAUCAUUCACCACCGCAGGCAGCAGCCCUAGCAGCAGCAACGAAUUGUAACUUAUUUAAAAACUCAUUGAUCAAUCCAAAAUAAAACUUAUUUGUGAUAAUAACGCCUCUCAAAAAAUU